AGGGCCUCUUUGAUGCGCCUUUUUAGUGCACGCAGGCGGCAGCGCGCAGAUGGAUGUCUUCGGUGCCAGACGAGAUCGAGAAGACUGCCCUCCUGGGCCCGAGGCAGCAGGAAGCGGCGCGCGCUCUGCGUCAAGGCGGGGCGAUGCAGGGCAGGCCGCCAGGGCGAGGAGCCCCGCGGCUUGGUGAACAUGUCUGCUAUGACAAGGUCCAUCGCCUCUUACGGGGACCAGCUGGGCAAGGGUGCUGUUGCCGCCUCCGCGGCGGCCACGGCGGCCAUGAAGAACGCAGCGGUGAACCUGCAGAACACCGCUGCCGAGCAGUCUGCGGCGUGGGGCGUGAAGGCGUCGCCGCCCGCGGAGGAGAGCUCGGACCUCAUGGACGUGAGCACCUUCAUGGGGUCCGACGAGCCGGCGCCGAGCCCCCGAGAGGCCGUCGAGCCGGCGCCGGAGCCCGCGGCCGCGCAGGCGCCGUCGGCGGCGGCGACGCACCGCGCCGCCGCCGAGAGGCUCUCAAGUUGCCUACCAGCGCUAUGCGUCAGAUUGUUGUGGUUCUUCGGGGUGCGCACCAUCGUGGGCUAUUUCAUCAAGGAUCGCUCCGUCCUGGAGUGCUUCGUUGAGUGCUCCAUCGUGGAGUGCUUCACCGCGGAGUGCCUUGUGGGAGGUGCUUCGCUGUGGCGGCACGGGGCGGUACGGGGCGGCACGGGGCGGCACCGGGGCGACACGGGGCGGCACAGGGGCGACACGGGGCGGCACAGGGGCGACACGGGGCGGCACGGGGACGAAAAGCUGGCAGGUGGGCUCGUCGCUGGAGCCUCUUCGGGCGCGGCCGAGCCGCCCGCCCCCGGCGACGAGCCCGUGGUCGAGAGAGUGGUCACAGACCGCCCGCCGGGCCACGGCUCCAGACAGUGCGCUGCGAGGCUGCUCCGACUCCACUUGGACGGCCUCGAGGCCCCGGAGAUGGGCACGCCGGUCAUGCGCAUCAUGGUCGGCGACAACAACCUGAACUCCCGGCAGGUGUACCCAGGCGAUGGCUUCUUCCAGUCGGCUUCCAGCUACGACGGGUUCUGCCAGCCGCCCCCCGGCUGCGUGAUCUGCGUGCUCCCCGCUGGGAUGCAGGUCCCGCCGGGAACCGUCCUCGUCCCCGUGUCCACUGCGGGCGAGAUGGCCGGGCCCCCGCAGCAGCCUUGGCAGUUCGUGCCGGUUCAGCAGCAGCAGCAUCUGGCCGAGAUGUGCGGGAUGGCAACCCAGUGCGGCAACGGGACCGACUGCGCCCAGGCCCCCGCGGUGCCGAAGGCGUGGUUCCCGCUGGAGGCGCAGGUCGCCGGUGCCAAGGCUGGCGCCGAGGCGAAGGCGGAGCACCAGGCUGCCGCGUGGCUCCCGGCGCAGGGCCCCGCCGUGGCGGAGCCGGCGCCGGAGCCCGCGGCCGAGCUCUCGCCCACGAGCUCCGACGCCGAGCGCACGGUGCGGCAGAGGAGUGCGCCCGCGGGCGGCGCGGCUGGCGCCUCGGCGGGCACGUCGGCGGCGGUGCUGCUGGCCAAGCGGAUGCAGAUCAUGCAGGCGCGCCGCCGCGAGCGCGCCCUGUUCGGCGCCCUGAGCGUCGACGACAGUCCGCAGAGGCAGCUCAGCGGGAAGAGCGGGAAGGCGCCGCAGCUGCGGUUUCUCAGGGAGAUCGAAGAGAAGAAGCGGCAGCUCAGGCGCGAAGGCCGCAUGGCGCCUCACGCGGCCGCGCGGUCUAUAGGACGGGCGCUUCGCAAGUGCGCCUACCCGCAGCUGAAGCCGAAGCAGGGGUGA